CUGCCAUUUCCCCGCAGAUUCCCAGCCGCUGCCGUGAGACACUUCUCCCUCUCCCUCUCUCUCCAUUUUCACACUCCACCCACUUUUUGCUUUCUUUCUCCAUCUCUGCCACCGUCUCUCUCCCUUUCUGGACUUGUCUUUAUUUGGCGCUCCCGGAAGCUCCUGGGCAUUGCUCUCCCUGCCUGCCCGGGCAGCUGAUGUGACUGACUGACACCGGCUCCCGCUGAGGAGGAGGAGGAGAAGGAGGAGGAAGAGGAGGAGGAGGAAGGAGAGCAGCGGCGAGGCGAGGGAGGGGGGGAGCGAGUGACCGACCGCGAAUUUUCCUUGCAGAGAGGAAGGGGGAAAAAAAAAGGCUACGCGGGUCAUCAAAACAGGGCCUUACUGAGAGGUCUUCUGGUUUUAUCCAAAUUGACAUCAGUUUGAGAAGACUCUGUUUACAUUCCUCCCCUACAGCUAAUGGAAAACAAAACACAAACCAUACAAGAAUGGCAGAGACUCAUGGCUUAAUGGAGAGAUUGGAGAAAGCGGUGACUCGACUUGAAUCAUUGUUUUCAGAUUCACACAGUUCUGGUGGAAUGGAGUGUGAUGGCAUCAAUGGAGUCAAUGGAAGCAUAGCACCAUAUGUGGAAGCCUUUGAUAGGCUGCUGAAUGGAAGUGUUGCUGAGUUUCUCAGGUACAGCAAGAUUCUCGAAGGUGAUGUGAAGACACAUGCAGAGAUGGUACGUGCUGCUUUCCAAGCGCAGAGAUCUUUCUUGCUGUUAGCAUCUCAAUGUCAAGAGCCUCCAGAGAAUGAGGUGGCAAUGCUUCUCAAGCCAAUAUCAGAGAAGAUUCAGGAAAUCCAGAACUUCAGAGAAAGGAACAGAGGAAGUUCAAUGUUCAACCACCUCUCAGCUGUCAGUGAGAGCAUCCCUGCCCUUGGGUGGAUAGCAGUGUCUCCUAAACCAGGCCCUUAUGUCAAGGAGAUGAAUGAUGCUGCUACCUUUUAUACUAACAGGGUACUAAAGGACUACAAGAACAGUGACACACGCCAUGUUGAUUGGGUGAAGUCAUAUCUGAAUAUCUGGUCUGAGCUUCAAGCUUAUAUCAAAGAGCAUCAUACUACAGGUCUCACCUGGAGUAAAACUGGUCCUGUUGCAUCCCCCAUGUCCAUGCGAUCUGUUCUAACCAGCAGCUCCUGCCUUUCCCCGCCACCUCCGCCACCGCCGCCCCCGGGACCGCCGCCCAUCUUCGAUACGGAAACGGCAAAGGACGAAGGAACUGCGUCUCGCUCAGCCCUCUUUGCACAGCUCAACCAGGGAGAGGCAAUUACCAAAGGGCUUCGACAUGUCUCUGAUGACCAGAAGACUCACAAGAACCCCAGCCUACGUGCCCAAGGUCCACCUGUUCGUUCUCCAACAAAAAGCCAUACUCCAAGUCCUACCUCUCCCAAGAAUUCCCCACAGCAGAACCAUGCCCCUGUCUUGGAGCUAGAGGGAAAGAAGUGGAGAGUGGAAUAUCAAGAGGAUAAGAAUGACCUGGUCAUUAACAACACUGAACUCAAGCAAGUGGCCUAUAUUUUUAAGUGUAACAAAUCUACACUUCAGAUAAAAGGAAAAAUCAACUCAAUUACUAUUGACAACUGUAAAAAGUUUGGCCUUGUGUUUGACAAUGUUGUGGGAAUCGUGGAAGUGAUCAACUCCAGGGAUAUUCAGAUUCAGGUGAUGGGGAAAGUGCCAACUAUUUCUAUUAACAAAACAGAAGGCUGCCACAUCUACCUCAGUGAGGAGUCAUUGGAUUGUGAGAUUGUGAGUGCCAAGUCAUCUGAGAUGAACAUUCUCAUCCCCCAGGAUGGUGAUUAUAAAGAAUUUCCGGUUCCUGAACAGUUCAAGACCGCAUGGGAUGGAUCUAAGUUGGUCACUGAACCUGCAGAGAUUGUGGGUUGACUUCCUCACACCACAGAGCACUUGCUGACCAUGGAUAGACUGCGGCCAGCACACACAAAGCAGUAAUGUAAAGAACUAGAGGUAGCAGGAGUUCAUGCUGCUCUCAUAGGCCUUCAAGCAUUAGCUCUGCAUGCUAGGAACAAUAACACAUCUAGCACCCUUUUGUUAGGCAGCCCGGUCCUGGUCAUGUCUCCACACAGUUUGCCUUCACAUACAAUUUUAAUUCUGAAUGGGAAUGCAAUAGGUUAAAACCCCACCCUCCAGUCACAUCAUUGGUUUGAAAUUUUGUAUACAUUAAGCCAACAUACUGCAUGAUAACACUUUUUUUUAUCAUCUUGCUUCAGUGCAUUCCUUUUUGUAUUUCUGCUAAUUCAAAAACAGCAUUAAGACUUUAAGGUGUUUAUUUUUGCCUAUUAAGCAAUUCCUGUAUGAUGCAGUAAAAAUGUACCUGUAGAAAGUAUGCAGUUUCUUGCAGUACUGUGGCAAUUAUAAUGUGUUUCAUUUCAAACAAGCAAAAAAGGACAACUUUUACCACAGCAAUACAUUUUGCUAACUGAAAAUGGAAAAAAAAAUCUGGUAGUUUAAUCAAAAACAUUUUUAAUCUGCAUAUUUAGAAGAUCCAAAUUUUCUGUGAAGUAAGAUUUUACUGUGGUUCACAGACUUGCUGUUGCCCUCUCAUUUCUUGCAAAUUAGUUAUUCUUUCUAAGGUAGGGGCUCAUCAAUGCUAAAACCUUGCAGGAAAUGACUUGAAGGUUUUUUGUUCCUUGGAUUUCUUUUUUUUUUUUCCCCUUUUUGUUUUUUUGGUGACACAAACUCUCAGUUUUUAAAAUUUCACGGUUUAUCUUGCAUCUUAUACUGAAAACCAAGGAAGACAGACACAUCUGAUGCCAGCUAGUUUCCCUUACUAAUAAAGUUUCAUUAAAGUAUUUGUAUUGUAACUCAUCUUGUUCAUUAAAAGUAUCAUCCUCAGGUUUUUCCCCCACAUUUGGAGGAGUUACUCACUUUCAAAUACGUUCAUAAAGGAAAGCCAUAGAUUUAUGCCAUACUAAUUCUGAGCCCAAAUAAAGGGGUAAUUUCUGGUUUAGCCCUUUGACUCUACAGUACCUACAGUUUUUUUUUUAACAAAGAUGGAGUAUUGUAUACAUUUGUACUAUUUCAGCACAUAGUACAAAUAAAACUUUAAAAAUUUUAAAAGUCACUUUAUGUUUUUGAUCAUUUGUAAUACUUUGUAUCAGUGAAAUCACAGUGAGAUGCUUGCAGAGCUAGUUCCAAGCUAAACUUUGUGCCUAACUUACCUUGAAAGUACAUUAACUCUUAAGGGUUUUUAAGUAUACCUUUGAUUGUAAACCCUACACAAUACAACCAGUAGUGCUCAUUCCUUAUGGUUUUGCUAUCUGAUGUUUAACCUAUGUGUAUAAUUGUGUUUGCUUUAAUAUAUAUAAUUUUUUCAACAAGUAAACUUCUUAUGAAAUAAAAAGGAAAAUGUACUUGUUUAAAAACC